AUGAAUGAAGAAUUAAAAAUUAUUGAAAAAGAGUAUAAACAUUUUUAUGAAAAAUUUGAAUAUAUAAAUGAAAAUACAUUUUGUAUACAUAUUAAAAUAGAUGAAAUUGAGGAUAAUUUUUCAAAUUUAAAAGAAAACAAUUUAAAUCUUUAUAUUAAAUUUCAUUGUGAUUUUUUUGAAGUAUUGAAUCAAAAUUUAAUUGGAGAAAAAAAAUUUGAUUGUAUUGAACAAGUCUUUAAUACAUACUGUCCUAUAUCAUUUAAAAAGUUUAUUAUGCAAAAAAUUAAAUGUAAACUAAACUCAAAUUUAUGA